GAGCUAGAAACAAACACACAUGGGAGGGUCGGAGGAAUCUAUAUAUGCCGCUAAUUAAGACGUCUAAUCAAUGCAAGCGGCUGGGGCUGGCCGGAGUCAAGGUCAGUGACCGACCGAGAUGGCUGCGGCAACCGGAGGAGGCAGACAGAAUGAGGGGCGGUGGAGCCUGGCCGGCAAGACGGCGCUCGUCACCGGUGGAACCAAAGGAAUUGGGCUUGCCAUCGUGGAGGAGCUGGCGGGUCUUGGCGCCAGGGUGCACACCUGCUCCCGCACCGCCGCCGACCUGGACGCUUGCCGUCGCCGCUGGGCCGACAAGGACCUCCUUCCCCGCGUCACUUCCUCCGUCUGCGACGUCUCCUCGCAGCGCGACAGGGACAGCCUCGUCGCCGCCGUGUGCGACCUCUUCCACGGCCAGCUCCACAUCCUCGUCAACAACGCCGGCCAGUCCCUCUACAAGCCCGCCGCGGACACCACGCCCGACGACUACUCCCGCCUCAUGGCCACCAAUCUUGACUCCUGCUUCCACCUCACUCGCCUCGCGCACCCGCUCCUCCUCCAGGCGGCUGCCCGUGACGGCGGCGCCGUGGUCGUGCACAUGUCCUCCGUCGCCGCCUUCAUCGCGUACCCGACGCUGUCCCUCUACUCGCUCACCAAGGGCGGCCUGAUCCCGCUCACCAGGAGCCUCGCCGCCGAGUGGGCGCCGCGAGGCGUCCGCGUCAACUGCGUCGCACCGGGAGUCAUCGACACUGGCAUCUUCAGCACCACGCUGGGCGACCCCGGCAGAGCGAGGAGGCUCGCCGAGAUGGAGAGGUCGCGGGUGCCCAUGCAACGCUUUGGCACGCCACAGGAGGUGGCCGCGCUCGUCGCCUUCCUCUGCAUGCCUGCUGCAUCCUACAUCACCGGCCAGGUCAUCUGCGUCGACGGCGGGCGCACCGUCGCCACGGCAAAAUUGUGAGCUUCUCCACUGCAUGAGCUGCACCAGUUGCCACUCUGUUGAUCGGCAGAUCAUCCGAUGCCACUCUGUUGAGUUGCAGCGGCAGAUCAUGAAUUGUAUCUCCACUGCAUGCAAAUUUAAUCAAGUUUGCUUCGACCUAUUUG